CUACAGUUUCGAGUAUGCUGUUUUGCGUCCGUACCCGUUUGUUGCUCCGAGACAGACCACAGUGUUACAUAUGUGUUGACCCUGAUCGUGAGGUCGCGCCGAAUAAAAGUCGAACAAUUUAAACACACGACCCGAACGAUCGAAGAAUGACGCAGGGAAGAAGCCUCAACGACUACAAGGUGGCAUGGAUCUGUCCGCUUGAGGUGGACCAGAUCGCAGCGAUGGAAAUGUUGGACAAGGAGCACCCACCACUAGCAAAGUCCCCAACAGACCAUAAUGUAUACAGCCUCGGGAGCAUCGACGGCCACAAUGUCGUUAUCGCAGGUUUGCACCAGCCUGGCAACAGCCCCGCGGCUACGGUAGUGACACAGAUGAGAAUGACGUUUCCCAACUUACGCUUUGGUUUGUUGGUUGGCGUUGGCGGUGGGGUUCCCGUCAAGACGGAUCAGGGGCCGAUCCGGCUAGGCCAUGUGGUUGUCAGCAAGCCUGCGGGUGGAUAUUCUGGCGCUUUGCAGUACGAUCACGGGAAAGCGAAAGAAGGGCACUUUGAGCGGACGGGUGCCUUGGCGCCACCACCGGCACUUCUGCUUAGCGCUGCACAAGCUCUAGCGGUACAGCGGGAUAGGUCAGAGUUCGAUCCAGUGCAGCAGAGCCUUUAUCGAAUCAAGACAGACCGCCCUCGCCUUCGACGAUUCCAGUAUCCCGGGGAGCAAAACGAUUAUCACUAUCCAUCAGAUUACGUACACCAGCGCGAAGGAGAACCUUGUGCAACGGUCUGCGACCCAUUGAAGCGUUUGGUCAGACCAGUUAACGACGACGAUAACUUCGUUAUAGUACACAGGGGAAAUAUCGCCUCUGGAGAGUUAGUGGUAAAGAACGCAGAGCUGAGAGACACGCUGGCCCAGCAACAUGGGCUCCUGUGCUUUGAGACGGAAGCUGCGGGGGUAAUUGCCGACUUUCCGUGCCUCGUCGUGCGCGGUAUCUCGAAUUAUUGCGAUUCGCACAAGAACGACGACUGGCAUGGGUAUGCAGCAGCUGUGGCAGCAGCGUAUGCUCGACAACUCUUCUUCCACCUGCCCGUGGACGAAGUGCAACGAAUACCGUCUAGGAGCCCCUUCCAUGAUGAGUCGCGACAAUCGAGUUCAACUGAACUAAACUUUCGUAGACGAGAUAUGUCACAGUUAGCUUUAGCUGAACCAGGAAGCGAUGGAAGUACGAGUCGUCAAGCACCAUCGCUGCCUGCCAGAAAACUUACUGCACAUGCCCCACAACAACCGGCCCAGGAACGGGGCAUGCAAAUGCUUGGACAGAGAGUCCGAAACGGAGAUACUGUUUCCGCCUACGGUGCCGCGCAAGAUAUGACAUUCUCAAUACCUCGGAAGCCAGUCAAUAAGUCUGAGAAGAGAGUGUUGAUUGCUGUUUUUGGCAUGACAGGAACAGGGAAAACUUCCUUGAUAAAAACACUUGCUGGUGAAGCGGCAAGCCAGCUUCGCAUCGGGCAUGGCUUAGAGUCUUGCACCCGGGAUAUCGAGACGGUCGAUUUCUCACUUGACGGUCAUAAAGUCACACUUGUUGACACUCCCGGGUUCGAUGACUCGGAGAGGAGUGACACUGAUAUUCUGAAACUCAUAGCCGCUUGGCUACAGGAUUCUUACAAAAAUGAAACGCUGUUAUCGGGGUUGAUCUAUGUCCACCGAAUCUCGGAUGUACGAAUGUCAGGCUCCUCACGAAAAAAUAUGCGAAUGUUCGACAAGCUUUGCGGAGCUGAUCACAUGUCCAAAGUGUGUUUGAUGACUACUAUGUGGGAUAAGGUCACGCUUCAAGACGGAUUAUCAAAAGAAAACGAUCUCAAAAGUUCGAAUUACUGGGGUCCGAUGAUUGACAGUGGGUGUUCCGUCAAACGACAAGAUAGAGGAUUAGAAUUGGUGCGAGAUGUGGUACGCGGGAUGUUGAACGAGAAGCCAACGGCCGUCAAAUUGCAAGAGGAAAUGAUGGUCGCGGGCAAGAACCUUGUCGAGACAGAUGCUGGGAUGGCCGUGGACGAGGAGAUCCGCAGAUUGGAAAGGAAGCAUGCAGAAGAUCUGGAAGACUUGAGAAUACAGAUGAGGGAGGCCAACGAGCAAAGGAACAUGGAGCUUCAAGCUCAACUCCAAGAGGAGUAUGCUCAAACUAUUUCCAAACUACAAAAGCGAGCCAAGGAACGAGAAGAGCUCAACAAUGCGCACAUAGCUGAUCUCCAGCGCCGUUAUCAGGACGCAUCGCAUGAGAAUGAGAGACAGCAAGACGAGCUCCGCUUUACUACUGCGAGAGAACGCCGCAUCAUGGUCGAAAAACUGCUCGAGCAGCCUCAUAGUUUUUCGGAAAGACCGGAGCACUUCGGAGUGGCGCCUAUUGCAAGAGAGCCGCAGGAUUCACUGCGAAUUUCGGGAGGAAGGCAAUGCUUCGCUAACUUGAUAGUGGAGGAUGACUACGAACAACGGCCACGUUGACGAGAAGCCGGAGAAGGCCACGAUCCGCCAAACACCGUGAUGGCGAGGCGUAAUUCUGCACCAUUACAGUCGAACGGAGGAACUACCGUAGCCGAGACGAAGACACGUCGGGAAAAGUAUCAUGGACGAGAGUACAAGACGUUUCCAUGCUAGGUUCCGAGAACCUUCGGAAGCUCAGGAUGCGGACGACCUUUUGAUGUUGUUAAUCCGGUAGCAGGGAAAAUUCAAUGUUGCUAUUGUAAGAAGAGCUGGACAAUCUGGGGAGCAGGAAAUCGAAGGAUCAGACAUUAGUUGCCAAUCCCGCACGAACAUAGCAUUUCAUGCUUCUCUUGUCACAGAAUUGGAACCACAUCAUUUACGUGUGGAUCAUGAACAUGCGGUCUUGGAACACAGGUCAAGUCUAAUGCCAUGUCAGUUUAUGCUCUAAGAAUUGAAGCAGCGCGAGAAUGACAAUAAUGAGUACUCGACACGUACAAAGAGUCUCAUGUAUCUGAA